CGUGUGAGAGAAACAAAUGUUAUUUUAUAAAACUCAGUGAUGAUAUUUGCGAAAAGAAGCUAUAAUGGAUAACGUUAGUAGAGUCCGCGCUAUCAUUGAACAGCAUAUGGUAGAAACAGCAAGAGCUGAUCAACUAAAACUCGACGCAGAAAGGGAAUUGUUGUCACCCAAGGAAGAUCAGGAGACGUCUCCCGCCAAAAGUGAUGAGCGCAGUCCAAAUCGACCAAAGACAAAAAGCCCUAAAAGUUCAAAGAAAAGAGAGGCUGAUGAAGAUGGUAAUAAGUCUUCCCACAGUUCCCCAGAGAAGAAAGGUAAACUGGAUAAGAGUACAGAAGAACAUGUGGACCAUGAGCUGCUGGCAAAACAGAAGAGAGAGCGGCAGGAAGAUGAAAGGCUCAAAAUGCAAGUUCUGGUGUCUAACUUCUCUGAAGAACAACUCAACAGAUAUGAAAUGUACAGACGUGCUGCAUUUCCCAAAGCUGCUAUCAAACGGCUGAUGCAAUCCAUCACUGGGUCUGCUGUGUCCCAGAAUGUGGUGAUAGCAAUGUCUGGUAUAGCCAAAGUUUAUGUUGGGGAAAUUGUGGAAGGCGCCCUGGAUGUGAUGGAACAGUGGGGAGAGACAGGACCUGUCCAACCUAAGCAUCUGAGAGAGGCUGUCCGCAGGCUGAAGGGUAAAGGGCUGGUCCCCAACACCAAACACAAGAAGAGUUUGUUCUAGACUGAGGAGGAGAUGCAGGGGAGUUGAACUGUAAUGUUGAACAAUUCACAGCCAGCCGAACGAAAGAGUGUGUUGAAUUCUUCAUUACUAGGGGUUCAAAGGAUCAAGCAUGUUAAAUGCUUCUGAUCUGUGGUGAUCAUCACAAGCGAAUGCAGGAAAAUGAGACUAGCUGAUCAUCAAAAGAGCAUGUAGGCCCAGCUGAUCAUCAAAAGAGCAUGUAGGCCCAGCUGAUCAUCACAAGAGCAUAUGGGUCUAGCUGAUUAUCAUAAGAGCAUGUAGGCCCAGCUGAUCAUCACAAGAGCAUGUGGGUCUAGGUGAUCAUCAAAAGAGCAUGUAAGUCCAGCUGAUCAUCACAAGAGCAUGCAGAUCUAGCUGAUCAUCAGAAGAGCAUGCAGGUCUAGCUGAUCAUCACAAGAGCAUGCAGGUAUAGCUGAUCAUCAUAAGAGAAUGCAGGUCUAGCUGAUCAUCA